AUGGCUCCCAACGAAAGCAAGAAGCGCCUGGCUUUGGCCAUUAUUGACUUCCUCGGUACUAGCUUGAAGGAUGGCACUCUCACUGCCGACGAUUCCGAGUCCAUCGAAAUCGCCCAAUCUUGCAUCGCCGACACCUUCAAGGUUGACCCCACCGACGAGGCCGCAGUGAAGGAUGCCGUGGGUGGACAGUCGCUCAGCAACAUCUACAGCGUCUACGAGAAGCUGCGCAACAAGUCUGCUCCCCAGACUGCCAGCGCUGACUCUGGUGCCCAAAAAACGCAAACCGACACUCCCAAGGCCGGUGCGCCCACUCCCGAAUCCGACAAGCUCAAGUCUGAGGGUAACGCCCUCAUGUCUAAGAAGGACUAUGCCGCUGCUAUCGAGCAGUAUACCAAGGCCCUGGCGAUUGCUCCAGCAAACCCUAUCUAUCUCUCGAACCGCGCUGCCGCCUAUUCCGCCUCUGGUCAACAUGACAAGGCCGCCGAGGACGCGGAGCUUGCCGUCGCCGUGGAUCCUAAGUACUCCAAGGCCUGGAGUCGUCUGGGUCUGGCCCGUUAUGAUAGCGGUGACUACCGCGCUGCUAAGGAGGCAUAUGAGAAGGGUAUCGAGGCUGAAGGUAACGGUGGCAGUGAUGCCAUGAAGCGCGGUCUGGAGACCUCCAAGCGCAAGCUUGAAGAGGCCAGCCGUGCCACCGAGCCUCCAUCCGAGGAGCUGGACAGUGCACCCGGUGCUUCUCGCGGCGGUGGUGGUAUGCCCGACCUUUCUUCGCUGGCUGGUAUGUUCGGCGGCGGCGGUGCUGGUGGUGGUGGCGGCGGUGGUAUGCCCGACUUGAGCUCUUUGAUGAACAACCCCAUGUUCUCUAGCAUGGCCCAGAACCUCAUGAGCAACCCCGACAUGUUGAAUAACUUAAUGAGUAACCCCCGUCUGCGCCAAAUGGCAGAGAGCUUCGGCCAAGGUGGUGGUAUGCCGGAUAUGUCGAGCCUUAUGAGUGACCCCAACAUUGCGGAUAUGUAA